CGCGCGCCGACGAUGGACCGACGGGCGUGGGCGACGGCUCGGACGCGCUUCGUCGCCAAGCACACGCUCCUCGGAGGCGCUCCCGAGCCCGUGGACAAGGCGACGAGCAUGCGUCUGCCUACCCUCGAGGAAGAGGAGACUCCUCCGCAGGCAAUAAGCCUCAGCAAGCCGACGGUGCAUGCGCCUCCGGCAAGGUCGACCUUCAGCGUCCCUCGAAGCAUCGGGUCGACCAAGGGCCCAUCGACGGCGCGAUGGAAGCGCGCAGGAGAUAUCGACUUAGAGCGCCAGGACCGCAACGUUCGAUCCAAGAUGGACGUCCGACCGCCCCGCGCCUGGGCUGGGUACACGGACGCGGCCCUCCUGCACGUGCUCCAGCAUAUCUUUGGGAACGACGCCUUCCGACCAGGCCAACUGGAGACCAUCCAUGAGGCAGGUCGAGGUCGGGACGUGUUUGUCCUCAUGCCAACGGGGGCCGGGAAGAGCCUUUGCUACCAACUGCCCGCGUGCUUGGACGCUGGAGUGACCGUCGUCGUCUCGCCUCUUCUCUCGCUCAUCGAAGACCAGAUCCACCACCUUGAGAAGCUUGGCAUCCACGCCAAGAUGCUCACAAGCGCCGUGUCGGCCUCGAUCAAAGGCGCAACACUCGACGAGAUUGCGUCGACCUCGUGUACGCUCAAGCUUCUCUACGUCACGCCCGAGGCAAUUGCGAGCUCGACCAACCUCAAGCGCGCGCUCCGGCUCAGCGCGGACGCGGGCAUGCUCGCGCGAUUUGUGAUUGACGAGGCCCACUGCAUCAACCAGUGGGGUCACGACUUUCGAAAAGAUUACCUUGCGCUUGGACAUCUGCGUGCAAGCUACUCAAGUGUCCCGAUUAUGGCGUUAACGGCGACGGCGAGCGCCAAGACUGAGACGCAAAUCAUCGACUCACUCCACUUGACGGCGCCAUGGAUUCAGCGAAGCAGCUACAACCGCACCAACUUGUCGUACGCCUUUGUCGUCAAGUCGGAGGAGUUUCUUCAAGAGCUGCGAGCGUUUGUGGCAACCCAUGCUGAAGAAAGCGGCAUCAUUUACUGCUUGACGCAAAAAGAUUGCGAGGAGUUGGCCACGGAGCUCGGCGCAAUUGGGUCCAUUUCGUUCUACCACGCAGCGCUUUCGACGAGCGAGAAGACGUACCGCCACCGCGCUUGGAGUCGCGGCGACAUCAAGCUCAUGAUUGCAACUGUGGCUUUCGGCAUGGGCAUCAACAAACCUGACGUGCGCUACGUGAUUCACCACAGCCUGCCCCAGUCCAUCACACACUACUACCAAGAGUCGGGGCGCGCUGGCCGGGACGGGCUACCGGCCGAGUGCAUCGUCUACUACGCUUACGAAGACUUUACACGGCGAAAACAACUACUUCGCGACGGUACCGGGCAGAGCCGUCAAAUCCACACCCUCAACGUGCGCGAGAUGAUGGAGCUAUGCGAGAACAAGACAACAUGCCGUCGGACGAUGCUGCUCAAGCACUUUGGGGAGACGUUCGACGAAGACGACUGCCUAGGCACCUGCGACAACUGCCUCGAGAAGAUCGAUCCGUCCCCAAACGCGGCAGUGGUCGUCGACGUCUCGGCGGUGUCAAGAGCGCUUUGGGCCAUGUUGCAAUACUGCACGCAAAAGAACGUUGCUUUGACGCUCACGGACAUGGUCAACCUGGCCAUGGGUCGGCAGCUGCCCAAGAAGAAGCGGGGUGGGGCGAACAACAUUCCCGGUAGUGGUUGCGCCAAGGAGCACGGACACUCGCGCGGGCAGGUCCAGGAGAUUCUGCACUACCACAUUUACCGCCAACUGCUCGUGCAGACGGGAAAAGCCAAUCACCAAGGUUUUACGUCGUUUUACAUGCGACUCGGCUCCAAGUGGACCGAAGUUCGCGACGGCGACCGUAUCACGAUGGUCAUGACCGCAGGUACAUCUCCUGCGACCAUCGCCAUGUCGGAGCUCGAGUCUCUCUCCGAUGCAUGAUGAUACUCACGACGCCAUUUUGCUCAAGUGUGACGCUCUGAGCCAUCCACGGGCGGCUUGCAUUAUGAUUAACCCGACGAGGAUCUACUCGGGCUCAAUGGUGAUAGAGGAAAUCCAUUUCGGCGUCCGUCUUGGCGUGCAAGUGGU